AUGGAGCUGCUGUCCGGGCUGCUGGCUGCUCUGCGUGGGGGACCGAGAGGAAGAGACCGCGUCAUGGAGGAGCGAGCCCUGGAAGUGUAUGAUAUAAUCCGCAGUAUCCGGGAUCCAGAAAAGCCCAGUACACUAGAAGACCUGGAGGUUGUGUCGGAGAGUUGUGUGACUGUGGAAGAGCUGGAUGAUGAGUGUCACCUGGUGAUCAUAAAGUUCACACCGACUGUUCCACAUUGUUCCCUGGCCACACUUAUCGGUCUUUGUUUGAGGGUCAAGCUGCAGCGAUGUUUAUCAUUUAAGCACAAGCUGGAGAUCUAUAUUUCUGAAGGGACUCAUUCAACGGAGGAGGAUAUUAAUAAACAGAUAAAUGAUAAGGAGCGAGUGUCUGCAGCCAUGGAGAACCCAAGUCUGCGAGAGAUAGUUGAGCAAUGUGUCACAGAACCGGAUUAGAUGGAAGAAGUCCACAUGACGUGUGGAAGAACAUCGGUACAUGGGGAGUGUGGACCGGUCUCAUCUCUGCAGAGAGACAGCGCCACUGGCCACGCAAUACCUUGGACGCACAAAUUAAUUACCUCAUUAAUCCUGGGCAGCAGCUGGUGGUGGCAACGCUCUGAUGGAUGGAACAUUCUGAGCAGAUGCUAGCUGGCUGGAGACUAUGCAAUGGGACAAUUAAAUAGUCUUAUUUGUCUAAUCAAGAGGUUAUACUUUUCUUACUCAGAGCAAGUAGAGCGAAUGUUAGUGAGCCAGGAGACUUAAUAGCGUUAUUGCACUGGACAGACAGGAAACCUAAAUAAAACUUUUAUUUGACGCUUUGUUAUUGAUGGAACCUAAUGAUAUAUAUGAACAUCUGUGCAGACAGUUUUGUAUAUAUUUCUCUGCAGAGGUUUUACAACUACAGUACCAGUCAAGCAAUAUUUACUCUUCUAAACAACAGGACCUGUGUAUUUAGCAAGUGACCUGUUAAAUGACCCAUAAGGAACUCUGACCCUGGUCAACGAGAGUGCUGACCUCAAGUUUAAUAUUGUUUUUGACUGUUGGGGGUCAGAUGGGCUUGUUCCAGGCUGAGAGAACAUAUGUCAUCCAAAGUUUAAGAAUGUCUAGGGGAUUAGGGUUUUAAUCUAUUUUGGUCUUUUAUUCCUGUUUGACUGUUGUUUACAUGUAAAUACUACUUGACAUCUUUUACCGAAAA